UCGAACACACGGUGUUCGAACAGUGUCUCGUUAACUUCCAUCGGAGACUAAUUUGCUCUAUUCAUCUAACGUCUCACUGGUUUUUCCUGUAUUUUUCCUUUUUUAUUUGUUUUUUUAUUUCCCUUUUUAUUUUGUUAUCUAUGUAUUUUAUGGAUCAAUUAUACAUGACUAUCUGAUCUCGCUUGUUAUUCUACGAACGGUUAUGUCAACAACGAGAAUCGCAGCAGAUCUGAUGUGUAGACGAUAGAUACCGAGAAUAGGAAACAAAUUGUAACGAAUAUUAGUAACAAAGAUCGACGAAUUAUCAGAACGGCGCAAAUUAUUCGGAAUCGUGAGGUGGCGAUCAAAAAAAGCUAUACACAUCAACUAUUCUAGUCUGUGACAAGAAGCGGCUGGUUAAAAUUUAGCUGAUUGUGUAUUCUGUAUUUUUAUAUUUACAAAAUCAGACUACGAGAUGUCGUACAUUGUGGAGUGGUAUAGAGAUUUGAUCGACAACAAAUAUGAUCCAAGAACACAAGAAUGGUUUCUGGUACCUAGUCCUGGUCCAGUUUUAACGAUCAUAGCGACAUAUAUAUAUUUUUGUGUUUACGCCGGACCGAGAUAUAUGAAGGACAGGAAGCCAUACGAUUUGAAAAAUAUUCUGAUAAUUUAUAAUUUUAUCCAAGUUCUUGCAAGCCUUUAUCUAGUUUACGAAGGUUUGAUGGCUGGUUGGUUGUACGAAUAUAAUUUUAUUUGUCAACCGGUCGAUUAUUCAUAUAAACCGAGUUCAAUGAGGAUGGCCAAUGGCGUUUACCUGUACUUUAUGUGCAAAUUGAUUGAGCUGCUGGACACAGCGUUCUUUGUUCUGCGCAAAAAAGAUCGACAGAUCACGUUCCUGCAUCUUUACCAUCAUUCGCUGAUGCCAAUCUGUUCCUGGAUCGGUGUGAAAUUCGUUGCCGGUGGUCACCCGACUCUCCUUGGCGUCAUCAACUCCUUCGUCCAUGUCUUUAUGUACACCUACUACAUGUUGACCGCAUUCGGGCCACAUAUGCAGAAGUAUCUUUGGUGGAAAAAAUAUCUGACUAUCUUGCAGAUUGUACAGUUUAUGAUAAUAUUUUUCCAUAAUUUUCAAAUGCAAUUUACUAGCUGUAAUUUUCCCAAGCCGCUGUCAUUUCUGCUUAUGAUCAAUGCUGGCUUGUUCACUUAUAUGUUUGGAUCAUUUUAUGUGAAUAAUUAUUUGAAAUCAAAAGUGGAACAAGUAUCGAAGGCUAAUGGCGCUAUUAAUGGCUCUGUUAGUGUUAAUGGUAACGCAAUUUCUAACAAGAUGAAGCAUGAUAAAUCCAAUUAAAAGACUUGCGAAGUCCUUCUAGCUAUAGGACUGUAACUGUGAGAGUAGAAGAAUGAUUUUUCAAAUUUCUUUCAAAAAUAGUUUAUUAGAGAACAGAUUAAAUUCUUGUGACAUAAAUGUAGAUAAUUAAAUGUCAUGUUCGCUAAAUAACGCGACGUUCUUCCAACCUUAGCAUUAUUUUGCCAAUAUUUCUGCAAUGCAAUGAAAAUAGAUUAGCGAAAUAAUGAUAUUUUACAAAUAUGAAUGAAGAUGGAUUUGGCUUACUUAUAUCAAGAACGAUCUACGUACAAGUGAUUCUUACAAAUUACACGUGAUUUAUUACAGCGAGAAUAUUUGAUUAUUACUCUAGCAGUCUAGUAUAAAUUUUACAGACACCUUUCUGAGAUGCGUAACGAUAUUAAUACGAUGUAUAAUACGAUUUGACAUGAAAUAUUAGACUAAGAUGAGUUCCAAAUUUUGUUUCAAAGUUUUAUCAAGAAAUUCAUGUUCGCAUGAUGUAAUUAAGAUAGGCGUCUUAUUGAAAUUUAUGUUUUAAAUUUU